ACCAUGGAACCAGUAUUGUGAUCUAGCUCAUCUUGAGUUAACACCUGCUACAUUUUCUCAAAGGAGAUACUCCAAAAGAAAAACUACAUCAAUCAUGAAGCUGAUCGCAGUUUUCGCCGUCGUUGUCGCUGUCGCCUGUGCUGCCCCUCAAGGUCAACCCCAGGAUGUUGUUCUCGUUAAGGAAACACUCUCUGACAACAUUGGACUCGGCAAUUACAAUUACGGCUACGAACUCUCGAAUGGUCAAGCUCAUCAAGAAACCGCGGAAUUGGUGAACCAAGGAACCGAAAAUGAAGCAUUGGCUGUUCGUGGUAGCUUCACCUGGGUAGACCCUCAAACCAAUGUGAGGUAUACCGUCAACUACGUCGCUGACGAGAAUGGCUUCCAACCGCAAGGCGAUCACAUCCGCGCUUAAACUGUACAGACCUUAGCUUUAAAUAAAUUUUGCACCGAAUUA